UAGCGACGUCAGGAGCUGCUGAGUGAGCCGCUGUAUGGCGCUAGCUGUGUUAGCUGGGUAGCUAGCGGUCUGGUAAUAAUAUCGCGGUGGAGUCAAAUGUUAUUAAAACUACAGAUAAUAAUUUAAUUCGUCUGAGAGCGGAGACAACCAAACACAGCCUUACGGUCUCAGUAACCUAAUAUACUGCUGUCAUGGAGGAGCAAGGAAAUAGUGAUAUUGAAGUAACUGUCAAAACUCUGGACUCUCAGAGCAGAAGUUACACUGUCAGAGCACAGAUGACAGUGAAAGAGUUUAAAGAGCAUAUAUCCACAUCUGUUGGUAUACCCGUCGACAAACAGAGGCUUAUCUACCAGGGAAGAGUGCUUCAGGAUGAGAAAACUUUAACAGAAUACAAUGUGAAUGGCAAAGUCAUCCAUUUGGUGGAGCGAGCCCCCCCUCAGACAAACCAGCCAGGAUCAGCUUCAGGUGGAGUACCUGGGACUUCAGGUAGUCCACAGGCAGGAAACGGCAGCUCCUCCACAACCUCUCAGGGGAUGCCACAUGGACCCACUCAUGACCGCAAUGCCAACAGCUAUGUAAUGCUUGGUACCCUUAAUCUCCCUGUCAACAUUAUGGACCCACAACAAAUCCAGAUGUCUAUCCAGCAAAUGAUGUCAGGUCUCGGAGAAGGUGUUAGAAAUACACGAGUCAGCACAAGUACUGGGCCCAGCGGCUCUGUGAAUGUGCAUGUUGAUAUGGACCAAUCCCUGCAAAGUGAGCCAAGGCUUCGGCUACUCCUGGCUGAGAACUUGCUGAGGGACACCAUUGCCCUGAUUCAAAGACUUGAGGUAGGUCAGCCUGCAGAUGGCUCUGCGCCUCCUGAGGAUUCUGCACCUCCUCCAACUUCAUCCACCUCCACACCUUCUCCCUCUGUCCAGCCAAUGGACACUUCCCCACCUCCAUCCAGCUCCCCUCCAUCAUCUGCAGCUGCUACUGAUACUGAGGGUGCACCUCCUCCUACUUCUUCAGGUCCCAGUCACCCUAGCCCUGCAGAGCUAGUAGAAAUGUUAGCAGAGCUGAGAAGAGUAGAAGAGAGACUCCAGCCCUUCAUCCAAAGAGCCCACACUAUUCUUGAAGCAGCAACAACUGCUGACUACAACAAUAACACACAGGAGAGGGAGGAGGACCAGCGUGUUUUAAACCUGGUCGGAGAGGCUCUUCGGCUCCUAGGAAACGCUCUGGUUGCUCUGAGCGACUUGCGCUGUAAUCUGUCAAGUGCUCCUCCCCGUCACUUGCAUGUGAUCCGGCCCAUGUCUCACUACACUUCCUCUGUCCUGACACCAGGUGGAGUGCAUCACAUGCCCAUGCAGGUUAAUCUUGGAACCACAGUGACCAUGUCAGGCAAUGGCAGACCACCAGCAGAAAGUCAGCCUCAACCGACUGGCCAGUCAGAGCAGCAAGGACAAACCCCCAACCCACAGCCAGGUAUGGCCAAUCAGCAAACGGGGCAGCCAGGGCCCAGAGUGAUACGAAUAAGCCAUCAAACCAUGGAGCCAGUGGUCAUGAUGCAGAUUAACGUUGAUGAUGCUGGGAAUGCUGCUCAAAACACGACUGCUGGACAACCGAAUGCAGCUGGUACUGGACAACCUGGUGUAGCUCCUAAUAUUCAAAUACCGGGUCUACCUCCAGAGUUCAUGCAAGCCAUUGUAAACCAAGUAACCCAGCAAGCCAUGGCCAUGGCAAGUGCUGCCUCUGCUGGACAGCAGGGGCAACAGAUCCCUACUCCUGGUACAGGCCCUGCUGCCCCAGGCACUGCUGGUACAGGCCCUGCUGCCCCAGGUCCUGCUGGUACAGGGCCUGCUGCCCCUCCCAUGCCCCCAAACCCUGCUCAGGCUCGGGUAGUUUUCACACUUCCUCCUUUCGCUCACCGGAUGGCAACCCCUUCUUUCACCACCAGAGGCACCACCAUCAAUCUGAGAGCUGCUGUUCCACCAACAAUGGGCCAACAGCCAGGCCAGGCACCACCCCUGAAUCCAGCUGCUCUCAACCAAAUGAUUAGUGUUCUGGUGGGGCAACUCCUGACAGGAGCUUCUGGUCAGAAUAUGGCCAGUCAAAGCACUACCUCCUCUUCCUCCCACACGUUCACAUUCUCUACCUCUUCAUCCUCUUCAUCAUCAUCCUCCACCACUUCCUCCUCCUCCACCUCAUCCUCAUCAACCUUCCCACCAACAUCUGCUGCUGCUGCUGCUACUGCCACCAGUGCCUCAGGACCCACACACUCCACAGGCCCCACUGCAAGCUCUACUUCGCAGCCGAAUGCUGCCCCUAUGCCUCCUCAAGGGGCUCCUUUCGGGGGCGACCUGGACCAGAUUCUGGGCUCUCUCCUGGGAGGAGGGUUGGCUGCUGCUGGUCAGGCCCCUGGAGCUAGUCCUUCUGUUACUGUGACCAUGCCAGGAAUACCUGCCUUUAUUCAGGGUGUCACCGACUUCAUACAGGCUUCUCAACAAGCCAACUUUCAGCCACCCACAGAGCAACCCGCAGCUCCUACCCCUCCUCCGACUAAUAACCCACAAUCAAACCCUGAGGCGGGUGCAGCUGAAGAAGUCAUGAACACUGAGCUCUUUACUGGGAUAGUACAGGGCGUCCUCUCCACCAUGAUGGGCUCUCUGGGUGCCCCUCAGAACAAUACAGAGAGCAUUGCACAGUUCAUCCAAAGACUCUCCCAGACCAGCAACAUUUUCACCCCCAGCACAGGAGAAGCCAUGGGUUUCUUUGGGGAUCUGUUAACUCUGGUGUGUCAGAACUUCUCUAUGGUGGACAUGGUCCUGCUCCUCCACGGACAGGCACAGCCCCUGAGCCGCAUUCAGCCCCAAUUGGCCCAGUUCUUCUCUGAGCACUAUCUGCAGGGCCGAGAACCCACAGACCCUAACAUAUCUGCAGCUUCUGAUGAACUGAUAAGAGAACUUGACGAAUACAUAACAGAGAGUUUUUCAACAGUUACAGUCCGGGAAGGGGUUGACAUCACUCAGACAAAUCGUUUGUUUCUAAGACAGCAACUUACAGGCAUAGCUACACACAUUCUGCGCUGCACAGAUCACACAUUUGGACCACGCUUGCUGCAGCUGUGUAACCGAGCUCUGUUUGAGUGUUUGGCUCUCAAUCUGUACUGCCUGAGAGGAGAGCAGAAUGCCCUCACUGCAGUAAUCAACAACCGCAUAAGAACUAUGUCAGCAGAGGUGAACCCAAGUGUGGUGAGCUGGUUGACUAGUAUGAUGACUAUGAGACUGCAGGUCAUUCUGGAGCACAUUCCAGUUACAGAGGAACAAAUUCUCCAUUACCUUGUUCAUGCUCGGAAUGAAGAGGCGAGAGAGGUCCCCCCACCAGAACCAGUAGAGCUUGAGUCUGUGGAGAUGGAGGACACACGCUCUCCCACUCCAGCUACCACUGCAGAAGAGGCCAUGGCUACCUCCCAGGAGGCAGGAGCAGUUGGAGGACUGGCUGAAGAAACAGUCGGGGCUACUGGUGGGGAGGAGCCUGUGGGAGAAGCCGAAGCCUGGGCCGCUGCUUUACCUCCUGAUUGGGUUCCCAUUAUCAGACAGGAUAUGCUUACCCAGAGGAAGAUAAAGGCUCAGCCUCCUCUAUCUGAUGCAUAUUUGCAAGGGAUGCCUGCCAAGAGGAGAAAGACAGCACAAGGUGAUGGCCCCAGGCUCACUCUCUCAGAGGCAGUGAGCCAAGCUGCGAGGUCAGCUGGUGUCACCCCUGUCACAUCUUCCAGUGCCUUACAAGGUGAUCUCGAACGACCUGAACUUCAGGAAGCAUAUUCACAACAGGUAAAAAAUGACAUCAAGAAACGUGUGAAAGAAGACCCUGACUUUAAUCCUAGAAGGUUCCCCAACACACACAAAGCCUUUUCACCAGACUCAUAACCUGCAAUACAUUUUUGCACCUUAGCUCUUAUUUUUGUUUUGUGUGUGCACACUUUUUUUCCUUUUAAUUCUCCAAAUAAAAAAAACAAAUCUACAGUUUCAGCUAUCAGAGGUUUUUAUGCUGUCUUGAGGGUGGCCUCAUCUGUAAUUAAAAUGUAUUUAUAUUGUAGAAUGGCCAAGUGCAGCCUUAUAACUGUCUUGUCGUCCUUUGAUGUUAAAAGGGAUGCAAUUACUAAACUCAAACAGGGCUUAAAUCAAACAGUGGCAAUGAGCAAAGUGUAUAAUGUCAAAAAUAUAACACUGACACUUGAAUUACUUCCAGAUGAAAAAAAAUCUGUGACUUUUAUAGCAAGAGUUGUCAUUAAGGGCAAGAGAAAUCACAGCAAAAAAUUAACAUGGCGUAUUGCUUUUUUAAUGAUAGUCUGUACAUCAUCUUGAAUAUUCCCUGUUUGCCAAGAUUGUGAUACACACGUACUAAUGCUUUACAGAUAUAUUUAAACAAUUUCACACCAUAUACAUUAUUGAAUUGACAUUUUACUAGCUUGCAUCUUUGUUUCAGCCGUUAUUUUAAAAUAAAGCCAGGGGGAAUCAGUUAAAUUAUUACAGAAGUUACGUUAUUGUUAAAAGUAUUAUUUUAUUACUCUUCAUCUUGCCUGCUGUGUCAUUAAGAGACUACUUCAGUGUGAAAUGCCAGAAAAUAAACAGCUUUGCAACUAAUAAGCAUAAGUCUUUUUUGUUGUUGUUGUUUGACAGUGUGUUUCUGUGUUUUCUUUUUUUUAUAUAAUUGUCAGCUUUAUAAAUAAAUCGGUACAAUUGUGCAAAUACACCUA